GGUUUACAGAACCUGUCGUUUAUUUAGCCGAAUCAGCCACAAUGCCACACACCAUACUCCUCUGCUCCCUCUUAUACUCCAUCCAUUUCUCUCCCAAAUCUAGUCAAAUUUCCUAAAUUGGAGUUUAGGGUAUUCACCUGAUCUUGUUUGAGCUUCGUUUCACACUCGCCCUCCUCUCUCCUCUCCAUUCCUUGUCUACUAAUCAAUGGUAUCAUUCUUCUGGGUUUCUCUAAAUAUAUCUCCUCUGUAAUGCUUGGAAAGUUACUGAAGUGUGAGUUUGGCUUCUAAAAAGUAGUGAUCAUCUUAAUGGAUCUGAAAGAAAAGGAAGCAAAAGGACCAGGGGAAAUGAUGAUCAAGAAAAGCUGUAGCGAUUGUCACACAACAAAAACGCCUCUCUGGAGAGUCGGCCCUGCUGGGCCAAAGUCUCUAUGUAAUGCUUGUGGGAUCAAAUACAACAAGAGGAGGAGGGCACUUCUGGGUUUGGACAGAGGAAGGAUCGAAAAGGGUAAGAAGAAGAGGAAGAAGAACAGAGGAGGAGGGAACUGCAGAGUGGGAGAGUCAUUGAAGCUGAGAUUGAUGGCAUUGGAAACAGACAUGGUGUUGCAGAGAUCAGAAAAACAGAGGAACAAGUUGGGUGAAGAAGAAAGAGCGGCUAUACUGUUGAUGGCUCUCUCUUGUGGAUCUCUUUAUGCUUUUAGAGAAGAGAAGCCCUAACUAAUUUACCUGCCAGAUUCUCGUCUUUAAUUGUAAACCUUUUUUUAGAUUUUUAGAAGAUUAUGAAAUUUAAGAAAUGAUUGUAAGCACUAAUAUAAACUAUAGUGUUUGAGAUUGAGAUUGAGAUUGAUGAUUGAUCAGUUAUUCUUCUCAACAGUAGUGUAUGAAGCUACGGCUUGCUUUAUUUUAUUUAUUAAAUCGCUUUUCAUUUUCA